UACAUUUUAUGUGUUCAGAUCGUGCGCCAUUUCGAGUGAGCAGACGUACGUCUUUCGAGCAGGAGGUUGUAUAUGAAACAGAAGAAAUAAAACUCAACAAAAUAAUUGAUAGAAACCACCGAAUUUUAAUCAUUUUAAACUUUAAACUCUUGUUUUUGCAGCAGCUUUUUUGAUCAGCGGUGACCCUUAAACUCGGUGGGGGAAAGCCACGUUUGGAGAAGUUAAGCGCACGGACUGGGGGCCGCUGGGAGUUGUAGUGUCACUGUGAGGGACGCCUGCUCGCACACACUCGGCCCGCCCACAGGGGAACAGAACAGAACAGACACACUGACAGACGACCGCCCAGACACGAUGGAUCGGUCCCCUACCACCAGCAGCCUCAUGGCGAGCAACGUGACCAACAAGACCGACCCGCGCUCGCUGAACUCCCGCGUCUUCAUCGGCAACCUGAACACGCUGCUGGUGACCAAGGCGGACGUGGAGGCCAUCUUCAGCAAGUACGGCAAGAUCGUCGGCUGCUCCGUGCACAAGGGCUUCGCCUUCGUGCAGUACGCCAACGAGAGGAACGCCCGUUCCGCCGUGGCCGGGGAGGACGGCCGCAUGAUCGUGGGACAGGUCCUGGAUAUUAACCUGGCUGGUGAGCCCAAGCCUCACAGGUCAAAGACCACCAAGCGCUCUGCUGGAGACAUGUACAGUAGCUCCUCGUUUGAUCUGGACUACGACUUCCAAAGGGAUUACUAUGACCGGAUGUACUCGUACCCGUCGCGCGUGCCCCCGCCCCCCCCACCCCUCUCCCGGGCGGUCAUCCCCUCCAAGCGCCCGCGCGUGAGCGUGAGCGGGGGCGGCAGCCGCCGCACCAAGACCAGCUUCUCCUCCAAGAGCGGCCAGCGGACCUCCUCCUCGCGCACAAGUCAGUGCCCGCGCCCGGCCUCCGCACCGCUCGCCGCCGCCGCCGCCGCCCCCCCUCCGUGCGGCGCGCUCUCUAAACUAUGCCCCUCUGUGGCUGCAGUGAAGGCCGACGACCUGCAGACCAUUAAGAAGGAGCUGACGCAGAUCAAGCACAAGGUGGACUACCUGCUGGAGAGUCUGGACCGCAUGGAGAAGGACCACAGCAAGAAGUCAGAGGGCAAGAGUGUGAAGGCGGAGCAAGGGGAGGUCUCGUCUCUCCAGCACUCGAGCAGUAAGAAAGAAGAGAGCGUGAAGAGGGAGAGAGAGAGGGAGAGCCAGGAGCUGAAUGACUCUGAGGAGGAGGGAGACCUGCUGGAGGAGGAGGAGGAGGAGGAGGUGAAGAGUCGAGGGAGGGAGGAUGACAAUGAGGAUGAGGAGGAGGAAGGGGAGCAAGAGGAAGGAGAGGAUGACGGUGACAGCAUCAAUGGAGAUGAGGACUCGUAAACAACACAUGCUGCUUCCACACACAUGCACAUAUACUGAAAGGCCAUUUCUGUUCUUUCCCCUUAUCACACCAAUCCCCUCUGUACCCCCCAAUCCCCUCUGUACCCCCCUCUCCCUGCUUUUAUUCUCAAUGUUUAACAAGCCCCCACCCACCCCCCACCCCCCCCCCAAACACACGCACAUACACUCUAUUUCAAAGGAGUGUUUUGUUUUAUUUUUUAUAGCUUGUUCUAUUUAGUGUAAUGCAUUGAGACUGGAUCUUACACAAGAGUAGUUAUUGCUGUAGGUGACAGGGUGUGAGGUGUGGUAGUGCUGUUUCUUGGCCAGCAGGUGGCAGUGUACUGAUGUAUGUACAGUAAUCGGGCAGGAAACGCAUCCGAAACAAUAGACCUUUGUUUUGCAAAACAAAUUAAACUGAACUUUAACAAAAUGUCCCUUGAUACUUUAAUAUGGCAACUACGUUAUGUCCGUUUGUUUGGUUUUGUCGUUUCAACUGUUUAAAAGAAUCAAUUUCAAUAAAAUGUUAAAAUUUAAA